AUGAACCGACUUCAGCUCGUCUUCGUCGCUGCCUUGGCUCUCGUAGCUCGCUCCACUACUGCCGUCACGAUCGGGUCUGCUACUGGUCUGGCCACCGGAACCACUGGCGGCGGCGAUGUUUCUCCCGUCUACCCGACCACCAUCAAAGAGCUGGUCGCGUAUUUGAGGGAUUCAAAGCCCCAGGUGGUCGUUCUCAACAAGACCUUCGACUUCCGUACAUUGGAAGGCAACACGACUGCCGAAGGAUGCCGCCCAGACUACAUGCGCAAAUGCGUGGCGCUCAACAACGGCUUCAAAAGCCAAGACGUGAUCGUACAGGACGGCGACAUGAAGAACACGGGCGGAUGCACCGGCGGCGUCAGUGUCAACGUCACCUACGACAAUGCCCCAUUUAACCGUUUGAACGUCCGAGGCAACAAAACCAUUCGUGGUAUCGGCAAAAACGGAGUGAUCAUGGGCAAAGGACUCGCGCUCAAUGGCGACAAUAUCAUCGUACAAAACAUUCACAUCACCGAGAUCAAUCCACACCUCGUGUGGGGCGGCGAUGCCAUCACCAUCCAGGGUCUCACUGACGGAACGGUGCCUCUGAAGCACAUUUGGCUCGACCACAUCAAGAUCUCCCGCAUCGGACGCCAGUUUAUCGCAGUUGACAAGGCUGGUGCUGCCACUAUGACUAUCAGUAACUCGGAUUUUGACGGGCACACCGAGUUCUCAAAGACGUGCGACGGACACCACUACUGGAGCUUCCUCUUCUAUGGUAAGCACACGGGGAUCAGCAUGAUCAACAACUACAUCCACUACUUAUCCGGUCGUCUCCCGAAGGUCGGCGGCACGCCCGACACCAACGCUGUUGUCCACAUUGCCAACAAUUUCUACAAGGACAACUCGUACCAUUCAAUGGAGAUCGGAACCAAUGGCUACGUGCUCGCUGAAGGAAACUACUUUGUGAACACGACGAAGCCACUGUACGAUGGAGACGACCCGGAUGUUCCCGGUAUGGUCGAUGGAUCUAUCUACGCGCCACUAAAGUCGUCUGAAGAUGAAUGCAACGCUCAAUUGGGUCGUCUGUGUGAAGCAAAUGUGUUGGAAGAAAGCGGACCUUUUGGAUCGCGCAACGGCACUAUUGCACUCGCGGAGAUCAAGCCACACCCUACGAUUGCUCGUCAUAAGCCCCAACAAGCUCAGCAACUGCAGCUAUCGGCUAGUAACUUCGGUGUGGGUGAGCUUGAAUAG